UCGACCAUGGCUGCCUGGUCGCAACUCGUACAUGAAAAGCAGAUCAUGGAGUUGCAGGAGCUCACCAGUUACAUGCACAGAAAUAAGGCAAUUUCCUCGGCCGUGAUCGAUUCGCUUGAGCAUCAUGCUACAGCACUUUCCAAGAGCAUCUGCGACGACUUCAGACUACUCAAUGCAGUUGUACUUUGACACGAGGCCUUGAUGGACUUUAGGUGGCAUAAGAAGACGGUUUCUCAGAGGCGAAAGCUUAUCCUCGAUGCUUGGGCGAACAUGCCCAAAGAUCAUCGACCGGAUGCUGAAGAACACUGGACGUCAAUUCUGCGACACGUCCGUGGUUCCAUACCUGACGUGUUCGUGUGGCCAUUUAUAAAUCAAGAAGAUCUCGUCAUGCCAACGACCUUGAUGGUUUUCUUGAAUGCCCGUGGCCGAAUGCCGCCCUGGGAGUUCGCUGCGAUUGAGAUGGAAUUCAGCCCUGUACUCACAGUGCUUUUCCAAGGCUGCGCAGACGAAGACCUUUGUACUUCGUUGACGAUCGACUUCACUGAAGCAGUAGACCAGCGUGUAUACGGAAAACUAAACAGAAACAGCGAAAGCUCAGCGGAUUCUCGCAAAUCGAGUGACAAGUACAGUUUGUGUGCGCGUCGCGCUUUUCAGUCACUUUUAAUGCAACAACGCAUACUUUCCUUUCUGCUCGCAUGCGCCAAAGCAAUCUUACAUGAGAAGACUCUCACCGAACUUUUCGACUCUCCGGUACAAGAUAUCCCGCCCAUUAUACAGACUGUCGAAACGACCGAGACCAAACACGCGUCUUUCACCGAGGUGCUGAACGUGGCACCGUAUCGAGGAUGGAACUCUCUGAACUUGUCGCAACUUCGAGGCUAUGUUGAAAGUACAUAUUGCAAGCACAGAACCCAUUUUUUGGCCCUCCGAGAAGACCCAGGAUAUUUCGCCGACACUUUUCGCGAAGAUCUCAAUCAUUGUCCGACAAAUGUUCCGUCAGACUGUUGCAAUCACCUGAGUAAGCGCCAUGAUGUGCCGCAAUACAUGACUGCGAUGGUCAUUAAAAUGUUACACGAGUCAUAUACGAUGCUAGACAGCUGGAAAUUCCUCAAAGAGCGGCUGAAUACGGCUGAAAGCCUAGGAAAGCAGGGUGCCACGAAGCAAGAUCAAGCUCGACCCUUGCUAGAAUUCCGAUCGAUGUUGCGGAGAAUCGGUAACUUGCUCCUUAGAACCAUUACCAGGACCUACCGUUCGACUCCUGGGUGUCGAUUGUUAUUUAAGAAAAAGUGCAAGGCAGGUACGUACCAUCGUGUGCGGGGCAUCACGGCAGAGCAGAGGGUGUUCUUAGAUCUGAUGGAAAGCAUUCAUCUGGCAGAGAACGAAGAGGACGACGAACAAAUCGAAUGGCCAACGUUAUUGUCGUACUCACUUGAGCAAGUCGAUUCAUUACUCAAGCGGAGCGAAACAGCUAGGAGGAUGAUUACGGGACGGCUUCUGGAUCUGCUUACGGACCUCUCUAUCAUCACAGAAUGUGCACGGCAAAUCUCUCUCUGGGCUCAAUCUCCAGAUGUCGAGACAGGCAAAGUCAACGAAUGCACAUGCAAGAAUCCUACAGAAGAUGGUGAGGUCUUCUACAGGUGGCAAGAGGCUUUAGGGAAGGGCUUCAAGCCGUCGUUGGAGUCGAUCCUUCCCUUGAAAGACAAACUGGACUAUCCAGAGCACAAGAGACGUACCCGCAAUACCGUCACCGUCAUGUACAAUGCAGAGCAAAACCUGGAUUCUUUUUGGUCCACAGUUGACGCCCAUCUUGAAGCUGAGACGGGGUUGGCGCAUCGUGUCAUACAAGAAUGCCUCCAGGAUAGCGCAGAGAUGUAUCGCACUGCUCCUUGGGAUGAUAGUACCGAACAAGUUGUCAAGUUAGACAAGAAGCUGGAACAAGAAUUUCGUCUAUUCUCGGAUCUACUCCAUAACAAGGCAUCGCAGAUCACUGGUGCAUUCGACAGACUGUCUGUGACAGAAAAGGCGAAGCCCAAGACACGAGGGGCCGCCCAGCCAUCGAUCGAACAAUCGGCCAUUCAGCCUAUGUAUCGCCCUAGCACCUCGACUGAACGCACUUUCAAUGUAAAAAAAGAUGACUACAGGGUUUUCAAGGCACUGUUCCAUGUCCCAGCCAAUGAAAGUGGCGAGAUCCCAAAAUGCGUCAAAUGGAAUAGCUUCAAGCGUGCAAUGGUCCACAUUGGCUUCUCCGCGGAGAGCCUCCAGGGUUCAGCUUGGCAAUUCAUUCCAACGACUGAUGUAGAAGCUCAGCGAGGCAUUCAAUUCCAUGAACCUCACCCGGAAAACGAGAUCCCAUACGUUAUGGCCAAGCGCUUUGGUCGGCGCUUGGGCCGCGUCUAUGGGUGGACUGGAGACACGUUCCAGCUUGCUUGAGAGGACACGCAUCGACAAAUGUUCAGCGUGUUUUGGAAAGCAGAUCUUUUCCUAUACAUGCUGAAAAGUUGGCUGUCUUAUCUUAUGAAUGGCUUCCAAAUGCUCCUGACCUAGUAGGGGAGCGAUGAACUUUGGUCGUGAUAGCGGAUAUAAGAAUG